AUGGCUGCCAUCAGCGACCAUGAAUUCCUGGCGAGAGCCAACAAGCACCUGAUGUCCACCGGCGUGCCCUACUCGCCCGUCGUCAUCCGCCGGGCCAAGGGCACCAAGCUCUACGACGGCGCCGGCCGCGAGAUCCUGGACUUCACGUCCGGGCAGAUGAGCUCCCUGCUCGGGCACUCGCACCCGGAGAUCGUCGAGGUCGUGCAGAGGCACGUGGCCGAGCUGGACCACCUCCUCAGCAGCAUGAUCACGGAGCCGGUGGUCCGGCUGGCGGAGCGGCUGGCCCGCUUCCUGCCCGCGCCGCUGGACAAGUCCUUCUUCCUCAGCACGGGCUCCGAGACGACCGAGGCGGCCAUCAAGAUGGCCAAGUGCUACACGGGCAAGUUCGAGAUCGUGGCCUUCACGGCGAGCUACCACGGCCUGACGUCGGGCGCCGGGUCCGCGACGUACUCGGCGGGCCGCAGGAACGGCGGGCCCGCGGCGCCGGGGUCGCUCGCGUUCCCGGCGCCGUACGCCUACCGGUCUCCCUUCCGGCGGGCGGACGGGUCGUACGACUGGGAGACGGAGCUCGAGUUCGGGUGGUCCAUGGUCGACCGCCAGAGCGUCGGGUCGCUGGCGGCGUUCAUCAUGGAGCCCAUCCUGUCGACGGGGGGCAUCCUCGUGCCGCCCGCGGGCUACCUGGGGCGCAUGGCCGAGGAGUGCCGGCGGCGCGGCAUGCUGCUGAUCAUGGACGAGGCGCAGACGGGCGUGGGCCGCACGGGCCGGAUGUUCGCCUUCGAGCACGAGGAGGGCGGCGUCGUGCCGGACAUCCUGUGCCUGUCCAAGACGCUCGGCUGCGGCCUGCCGCUGGGCUCCGUCAGCACCACGGCCGAGAUCGAGCGCGGGUGCGCCGCCGCCGGCUUCCUCUGGCUGACGACGCACCUCAACGACCCGCUGGCGGCGGCCGUGGGCGACAAGGUCCUCGAGAUCGUGGAGCGCGACCGCGCGGCCGAGCGCGCCGGGGAGAGGGGCGAGCAGCUCCGGGCGGGCCUGGCGAGGCUGCAGGAGAAGUACUGGUGCAUCGGCGACGUGCGCGGCCGCGGCCUCUUCCAGGCCGUCGAGGUCAUCUCCGACGCCGCUACCAAGGCCCCCGGGCCCGACCUGGGCCAUGCCGUGUCGGACCGUGCCCUCGAGCUGGGCCUCUCGUGCAAUAUCGUCAACCUGCCCGGCAUGGGUGGGGUCUUCCGGCUCGCUCCGCCGGUGACGGUGUCGGCCGAGGAGAUCGAGGAUGGACUGCGGAUCCUGGACCGAGCUUUUGGAUCUGUGCUUGAAGCCCGCGGUAUAAGAGAAGGGUGUCAGUGA